AUGUGGGGGAAGCUUGGCAGUUCCGCUAUAUUCUAACUCCCCCACGGAGGCAGGGGGGCAGGGCAGUUCUCUCUCGCUCGCUCGUCUCCUCCAAGAGCUCGUAUUUUUAGCUCUCCCGAGCUCUCUCCCAUCAAGCUCUCCAAGCUCUCCCUCGCCAUGGCCAAGAACACAUGCAAGCUAUGCUCCCGCCGCUUCGCCAGCCCGCGCGCCCUCGCCGGCCACAUGCGCGCCCACUCCGUUGCCGCCGCUAAGUCGCAGAUCUCCUCGGCGUCGUCGGCUUCGACCUCCAUCGCGGCCGGCGGCGGCAUCGACGACGACGCUGCCGACGCAAAGAAGAAGCCCAGCCCCAUCCAGGGGGGGCACGUGCUGCGGGAGAAGAAUCCCAAGCGCCGCGUCCGCCUCGACGACGACUCCGACUUCUCGGAUCGCGAGAGCGAGACGACGGACUACUACUCCCCGGCGUCGCCGGACGCCAAGCGCUCGCACGCCGGAUCGGGGGACGCGGAGCCGGUGAGCUCGGUCUCCGACGCGGCCACGCCGGAGGAGGACGUCGCGCUGUCCCUGAUGAUGCUCUCCCGCGACUCCUGGCCCGCGCCGCCGCCGUCGCCGUACCCGUACCCGUUCCGCCUCGACUCCGACGACGACGACGACGACGCCCGCCGCGUGGUGGCCGCCGCCACCGCCGCCGCCGCCGCGGCGCAGCAGAAGCGGACGCGGUACGAGUGCCCCGCGUGCAAGAAGGUGUUCCGAUCGUACCAGGCCCUCGGGGGCCACCGUGCCAGCAACGUGCGCGGCGGCAGGGGCGGCUGCUGCGCGCCGCCGCUCAGCACUCCUCCGCCUCCCGGCCCGGCCCCGCUGCAGCCAUUGCCAGAAUGCGAGGGCAGCGAGGAGGACUCCAAGGCGCAGCAGCCGCACGAGUGCCCCUACUGCUUCCGCGUGUUCCCGUCCGGGCAAGCUCUCGGCGGCCACAAGCGGUCUCACCUCUGCUCGGCUGCGGCGGCGGCAGCAGCAGCAGCCGUCACAUCAAGCGCUGAUCCUUCGUCGAUCACAAUGAAGAGCCUGGAUUUCAUUGAUCUGAACCUCCCCGCGCCCUUCGACGACGUGGAAGUCUCCGCCUUUUCAGAUCCCUUCCUCUCGUCCAAGCCAGCAGGUUCUUGAAAGAGUGCUAGCAGAGCAAGCAAGCCGGCCGCCCGCUCGCCUUUCGGCUGAUUCCAGUGGAGACGAUUCGAGGUAAGGAUCAUCAGAGACAGAAAGAAAAAGACUUACUGAUUAACGAAGAGCAGUAAGGAAAGUAGAGAAACUUAUGAUAAAAAAAUUGGAGACAUCUUUGCUUGGGUUAGGAUGUUCGUUUUUUUCUUAGUAAAGUAUAUUUGUUCGUGUGCAUUGAUUCAGUCAGCUACAAUAUCUCUGUAGUCCUCCAUUUCGUUCUGUCUCUUUGUUUGUUUCAAGCCAUGGAAUGGGGCAGCUAACAGAGCUAGCUAUAGUUCUUGAAUUCUCAUCUGAAUGAAUCAAGAAAAUCCAAAAAGGAGAGCCAGCAGGGAAGAAAUACUCUAGCUGAAGCGUUGCUUUC